AUGCAUGAUGGCAUGCUGCCUGCCCUCAAGUAUCUAUAUUCAAGACAUCCGGGCACCGAGGACAUGUUGAUUUAUCCUCGAAACUGUUUGCACUCGUUUGAACGUGGUUGUCAUCCUACGCCACUAUUAAUUUCCCUCGUUCUGAACAUAUGGCUUCUUGAAAAGGAAGAAAGUCACUCGUUUACUCAAUGCAUAUAUUGCCUUCCUCCGCUCAUCCCAUCACCAACCACAUAUUCGGUUCCUAAAAGCCCCGGAUCAGUGAUCCAAAGCACUGCGAGCUUGACGACUCUCUAUCCUCCAAGUACAGCAAGGUUACUUGAUAUUCAAACAGAAGGGGUAUACGAGUCUCGUUUAGAGUCUGACGGACAUCCAUCUCUACAACCUUUUCCAUUCCCCACCAUUAGCAUCGAGCCGAUCGAAGGAUUUGGCGACUUUAGUGGCUCUCGACCUUUCAUCCCACUUGCUACAGCUCCACCAGCAACAGUCACUGUAACUUCUACAGUUUACUCACCCAGUGCGAGUCGAUCUGUACAAAGCAGCAGUGCCAGUCAAAGAUCGCCUACAACAAAAGCCACUGCUUCUCUCUCAAGAAUGGAUGGGCAAGAUGUCUUCGAGACAGUCUCCUUGGAUGCUGUUCCUACAAAUAUUCCUGUCAAGGAAGACCAUCCCGUACCGAGAGUUGGCAUUUUGAAUACAACCGCUCCUAUUGAAACCAACAAGUUCUAUGCAAACUUCUUUCUCGGAAAUCAGACCACGUCCUCGUUCACUCAACCUUAUUCCUUGUCAUGGUCAAGGGGUACCGGAAAUGCCGGGAGCUGGGGACUGGCCAUCUCCCAUACCGACCUGGAUCAACUAGUAUAUGGAGGUCCAAACAAUAGUCUUCCUGGAAAUCCAGUGGAAUAUUAUCUAAACCCUAUUGGUCUGCAGUCUAUCACUCUGUCUGCACGUGAACUGGGCCCUUCUACCGUCUUGAAUACCGACCAAUUGACUGGAUUCUCUGCAGAUGUCAUUUUGCAACCUUCUAACCAGUCCAGCCCAAGCAUUACUUUCCCUGUACUGCAGGGUAUGGGCUUUGUGACCGGUAUCUAUACAGGACUACAGCCACUUGUUCAGAGCUGUAUCACAUUUCGGGACCUAGUGUGUGUGGGACCUAUACGUCAGGGAACAUAUAAGUACCGUGUCACUCUGGCGGAUGGAAAGAGCUGGCUAUUCUAUGUAACACCGGACAGUGACAACGGUGUUGAUCCAGGUUUUGACUUUGCCGGUUCUAAUACCGCCAUCCAGGGACCGUCCGGGUUUUCUGGCAUUGUACAGGUUGCAAAAAACCCUCUGGGUGGCGCGGGAGAAGCUGUGUACGAUAAAAGCGCUGGUGUCUAUGCUAGAUCUGCCAGUAUUACUGGGGCAGUCAAGGACUCUACUGGUAUAUACAGAUUGACAUGGGAAAAGGCCGGAAAGAACGCUACAGAUACUCCUGUUUUGAUGUUCGCCUUGCCCCAUCAUGUUGAAUCAUUCGAUGGACAAACAAAGUCUGCUGUGCAACCGCUACAGUUGCGCUCUACCACGAAAGGCAACAUGACAGCCGUGGCAUCGGACAGCUGGACGAUGGUUGAAAGUGAUCUUCCGAUUGGUAUUGACUUUGCGCCAUGGUCACCGUCCCUCGGCAACGUGGACGGCCUUUCAACAGAUGUUCAACAGACUAUUAAAUCUUCUGCGGAAAGCGAGUUGACUCCCGACGUAGACGGGCAGAGUAACCUGAACAGCAUGUACUACAGUGGCAAGGUCUUGAGCAAGUUUGCUACUCUGGUAUAUACCGUUCAUACACUGGCAAACGACCCAGGACGAGCUGCAGCUACACUUGAUGGUCUCAAGAAGGCCUUUACCCGCUUCGUGAAUAACGAACAGCAGUUUCCCUUGAAUUACGAUAACUCCUGGAGAGGAGUAGUAUCUAGUGCUGCUUACGCGACGAACGACCUAAAUCAGGAUUUCGGUAAUUCGGGCUACAACGACCAUCAUUUCCAUUACGGAUACUUUAUCCACGCAGCUGCAAUUAUCGGUGCUCUAGAUCCCUCCUGGCUUAAUGAUGCCAACAAAGCAUGGGUGAACAUGUUGGUUCGCGAUGCCGGCAAUCCUGCAUCCAACGAUCCCUCGUUCCCCUUUUCACGAGCCUUUGAUUGGUACCACGGACAUUCGUGGGCUAAGGGGCUUUUCCCUUCGGCUGAUGGUAAGGAUCAGGAGUCUACAUCGGAAGAUGCCAUGUUUGCGUACGCUGUGAAGAUGUGGGGAAAGACUAUUGGUGACAAGAGCAUGGAAGCCAGAGGCAAUCUCAUGUUGGCUUUGCUUCGACGAUCAUUUAAAAACUAUUUCCUUAUGGAGAAUGAUAACCUGAACCAUCCAAGCAAUUUUAUUGGCAAUAAAGUUACUGGAAUCUUGUUUGAAAACAAAGCCCACCAUACUACCUAUUUUGGUACCAAUCUUGAAUUUAUCCAAGGAAUCCACAUGCUCCCCCUUCUACCUUCAUCCGCAUAUACUCGCAACGAAACAUUUGUGAACCAAGAAUGGGACGCCAUAUUCUCUCAAAGUGCCUGCACACCAGCUUCCACUGUAUCUUCUGGUGGCUGGAAGGGAGUCUUGUACGCCAACCGCGCAAUCGUCGCUCCCAAAGAGGCGUAUGAUUUCUUUAACCAGCCGAAUUUCGACAUGAGUUGGAUCGAUGGCGGAGCUACGCGUACAUGGUAUCUCGCUUAUGCUGCAGGUAAGUUACUCUUCGCUUUGGCGUAGCUUGGCGAGUUUAUUCAACGAAUCUAGGUCUCAAUGGUGGAAACUGAGUGGGACUGACUCACUCGUUGAACGGAUGGAUAAGACGGGGGACUUCGUGAGCAUUCUUUCUUCUAUUGGGCGGUUAUGUCCUAAUCACUCCCUUCAUUUAAUUGUGCCUGUUUUCAUACAUAAAAAGAUAAUUUUUCUUAAUCGAUAUUGACAUAUGCCAAUACUCGAUAGUCGAUAACUACUACACACAUACAUAGGGUUGAUGCCUCCUAGGGCUAUAUAAGUCACGUGAUAGGUAAUGGCUUCCCCGCAGGUUGUCAUGACAAUACAUAAAUCAUGU